UUAAAACAAAAAUAGGUUUUUGCUUCAUAAUAUUUCCAAUUAAAUUUAUUAUUUGCACCUUAAAUUAUGUUAAAAAAUGUGUUCGGUCUACCGCCUGUCGAUCAUCAGGAUGCCCUGUAGUUUGGUUGCCAUUGGCAACAGAAAGCCUAAAGGAAACAAAGUAAACAAACAAAAACGGUUGUGAUCGCAGGAAAGGAUUCGCUGUCUUCUAGCGCAAGGAAUUAAAACAUCACACCCGUAUCAAUGAACGCAAACAGCAACGUAUACUUGGGAGAAUGGUACCAGAAAGAGGCCGAUCUCAAUCGGCAACUGGUGGUGAGCUUCUUUCCCAGCGAUAACUCGGUGGAAUUGGUCGAUUUGAAGACGCGAAAGACCUUUCUGCGCCGCACAAAAGUCGAGGAGCUAAGUGAGAACGAUUUCUUCAUCGGUGCGAAGCUGCUGAUCUUUGGCAAACAGAUCCACAUUCUGGACUAUGGAGAUGCGAAAACGCGAAACAAGAAAUCAGACGAACAGCUUUCUUUUGGAUUGAUCAAAGCGGAAGCAUUGCUACAUAUUGGCGAAAUCUUGACGAAGAUACACAAGGCAGGUUUGGGUGUCCGUCGGCUGGCAAUGUUGAAGAUAGAUGAAAACUAUUCCUCGAUGCUGAAAUCUGUCCGUUCUGAGGCUUCUAGUUUGAAUUAUCUUAUGGAUUGUAUGCCCAGCCAAUCGUUUGUCGCCGUAGAGAUCAUAGGAAAUAAUGCGUACAAUCAGUACCGGGAGCUGUGUGGACCUGAAUCAAUUUCAGAAGCAAAACAGUGUGCCCCAAACAGCUUCCGCGGUUUGGAACGAAAAAAGCGGAUUGCUGCCCGAACCCGCCAGCUGCAUGUACCUGUACCAAUUGAUCUGGAAGAGCUGAUCGAAGAACGGGUCAAACAUCUCAAGGAUAACAGCUUCGUUUUUCUUACCUAUGCGUAUUCAAAAAACAGUGAACAUUUUACACCGUACAGCUUUUUGGAGGUUCCUUUCAGCAAGGCAGACAAGCACGAGUAUUUUACCGUAAGUCGCCAUGGUGUAACGUACUGGAGUGAUACCGAAAAUCAUUUUACCGAGCUCGAUGCAUGGCUUGUGGAUUAUCGCAAGUACCGCACACUCACCGAGCUGAAGUUCUUCAAGAAUUAUCGCCGUGCGAAAGCAUUUCGUAUCUGGCUGCGUAACAUCCAGUGGUACAAGUAUGAGAGCGCACGCCAAAAGAUCGCUGCCAGUGCUUUUGUGGUGAUGCCACGAUUGGCCAGAGCAUUGCUGACGAUGCAGGAUGAAUUUGUGCAGCUGGUAGGGUUCCGGUUUUUUGACGUGUCAGUGUCGGAAAACUGGCAUCUGCCUUACUUUAUUGAAACUCAGAUGACCACCUUUGAGCAAGUGCGAGAUCUACUACAGCAGCUGCGUGCAAAGAUGCGUACGGUGCUGUAUGAUGCAUGUUGCAACACACUCAUCGACCGUGGCUUCUCACCCCAGGAUGAAGCGAUAAAUGUGACGAAUAAAAAGAAACUAAAGGACAUGAUGAGCUUCACCGAGCGUGCCAAUAAGCGCAAGUUGUGUGCUUUAUUGGCUCGCUUUCUUGCCUGUGCCGAUCAGAUGAUGAUUACUCUGCUGCAUCAAAUUCUGCGUGAAUCAUUCAAAAAUCUGGCUAACGUAUUCUUGGUCUUUAUGGAAAACGGACCAUUUAAUACGUUUGACACCAGAACUACAAAGCUACCAUUCAUGAACGUGGAACUGGUGUUAAAACCAACGCGUAUCGAUCUUGAUCCUUCAAGCGAAGUAACCACACGAAUGCUGGAGGAUCUGAGCAAUUUGGUAAUGAGAACGGUUUACAAAAUAGACCGAUUUCAAAGUGAUGCGUAUUUCGACAUCUACACUGAGCCGACCAUUAUGGGAAGAAAAGAGGACCGACUUUGUGGAAACCCGCCCAGCCUUGAUUUCAUCAUUAGAAACGAUAUUCAGCUUUCGGAUGAUGUGAAAACAAUUUUCGACGGUAUUGUCGAAGCGUACAACAGCGUCGAUCAAUACGUCGUCCAGUUCGAUCGUAUCCGCUUAUCGUAUCAGGAAAAUCUUGCUGUUGAUCAUAAUGUGAUCAGAAGUGAAACCAAUUUGGAAGUGUUGAAAAUGUACUGCGAACGGUUUAGUAAUCAAAUGACAGAGCUAGAGAAGAUCCAGGAAUCGCACCCGUUGGGAUUGCUACAGGUAAAACAGGUCGCGUUUCGAGAAGAGAUAACACCCAUUUGUCAGCAAUUGCUAGGGGUGCUGGACGAAACCAUUCCACGCUUGGCGAUGGAAAAAAUUAAUUACGUCGAACAGAAGGGUGAGGAGCUACAGACAAAGUUGCUAAUUGUGCCGGAAGAAACCAAUCACUACAUUUACUACUUUAACCAUUUGGAAGUUUGUCACGAACAUGUGGCGAGUUUGCAAAAAGAAUUAAACUAUGCUUACGAAGCGUUAAAAAUCAUGAAAUACUAUCAUGUUACCUUUUCCGAUGAAGACAAAGAUAAAUAUUUGGAUAUGGAGGAAUUUCUGAACGAGAUCAGCGUUACGCUGGAAAACAAACGGGCACUCAAGCAGGAUCUGAUCAACAAAUUUGACUUAUGUCUACAAGCGGAUAUCACGAAAAUAUUCUCCGAAGUAGAAGAUAUCCACGAAGAAGUACUGAAAGAAUGGUUACUCGAUUUGGGAGCGGAUCCGGCACAGGUUCGCGACUGUUUGAUUGACCUGUCUGAGCGUUUGACAAUGUGCCAACGGAAGGCACAAGAGUAUAAAAAAUACCAAAAAGAAUUCCGUCUAGAAGUGACGCGGUUCGAAAAGCUCGAUCAGGUUAUUAAUGAGGUAAAGCUGCGCCAGAUACUAUGGGACAGUGUGCAGCAGUGGAAAGAAUCGGUCGAAAUAUGGAACGAAAUACAUUUUCACGAUCUGAGCAUGGACGAGGUAGAAGCACUGAACACAAAGAUACUGAAAAACUGUGCCAUGCUCGAUAAAAAUCUUCCGAAAAAUGACAUCAUUCCAAAGUUGAAGGCAGAAGCAGAAGAAUUUAAGGACAAGAUACCGGUCCUAGGAUUUUUGCGCAAUCCUGCACUGAAGACACGCCACUGGAUCAAAAUUGAACAGAUAUUGAACCGACAUCUCGCAGAAGAGACAGAAAUUUAUCUGCAUACGUUCGAAGAUGCAAACGCAUUUGAAGAAGAUAUAGGAGCCGAACUGAUGGAAGUUUCAAACAUGGCUAGUGCCGAAGCUGGAUUAGAAACUUUACUAAAUAAGGUGGAGAAUGCGUGGAAGGAACUGGAACUGACCGUCAUGAAUCAUCGCGACCAUCGAGAUGUAUUCGUACUGGCAGGUAUUGACGAAAUUCAAACCGUGCUAGAUGAGUCCAGCAUAAACGUUAGUACGGUGGCCGCUUCAAGGCACGUUGGUCCUAUCAAACCCAAGGUAGACGAUUGGGUAUCUCAGUUAGAUCUGUUUUCGCGCACACUGGACGAAUGGAUGCAAUGCCAACAGUCAUGGAUUUAUCUAGAAGCAAUAUUUUCUGCCCCGGACAUCCAACGACAGUUGCCACACGAAACACAGAUGUUUCUGCAGGUGGACAAGGCGUGGAAGGAUCUGAUGCGACGCACACAGAAAGCCCCACUUGCUCUUGGGGCGAUGACGGCCGAAGGUGUCCUGGAGCAAUUGCAAAUUAAUAACGUUCUGCUGGAGAAAGUUACACGUUGUUUAGAAGCAUACUUGGAGGUGAAGCGCAUGGCGUUUCCGCGGUUCUACUUUUUGUCCAACGAUGAAUUGUUGGAAAUUUUGGCACAAACGAAAAACCCGUACGCCGUACAACCCCACCUUUCCAAAUGCUUUGAUGCGAUUGCAAAGAUUGAAUUUGGCAAGAAAAAAACCGAAACUGGUGAAUCGAUAAUGACCAACGACAUUAUAGCCAUGAUUUCGCCGGAAGGUGAACGUCUCACGUUUGGUGUUGGAUUGAAAGCACGCGGCGCCGUUGAAGACUGGCUGUCGAAAGUAGAGGAAGCUAUGUUUCUGGCAGUAAAGCGAUACAUGCGUCACGGUUUUCGCGUUUACGGAUUAAAGGAUCGUUCGUUUUGGAUGCAAGAACACCCGAAUCAGGUGGUACUGACGAUUUCCCAGCAACAGUGGGCAGCAGACGUGCACAACAUUCUUGAUGGAGGUGACAACCCAGAUAAAGGAAUGGAAGAAUUUCAUGAUAAGCUCACUAAAAAUCUAACCGUUCUUGCUGCGAUCGCACGUACUAAAAUUUCCAAGCUCGUACGAAAAGUACUAUGUGCUCUGAUCACUAUCGAUGUACAUGCACGGGACAUGAUCGCUGGAAUGAUUGCUAAAAGGGUCCAAAAAUCUACGGAUUUCGAGUGGUUAAAAAUGUUGCGUUACUACUGGAUGCCGGAAACGGAGGUGAUAGAAACCAAGAUGGCAUCGGCCAAUUUGCCCUACUUCUAUGAAUAUCUCGGUGCAGGAGGAGUGCUUGUAAUAACACCACUUACCGAUCGGUGCUACCUUUGCCUGAUGGGAGCAUUGCAGAUGGAUCUUGGAGGAGCUCCUGCAGGACCUGCCGGUACGGGGAAAACGGAAACCACCAAAGAUCUAGCGAAAGCUCUUGCGAUCCAGUGCGUGGUGUUCAAUUGCUCUGAUGGAUUGGAUUACAAAAUGAUGGGACGGUUCUUUACGGGACUUGCUCAAUCAGGUGCCUGGUGCUGUUUCGACGAAUUCAAUCGAAUCGAUAUAGAGGUGUUGUCAGUCAUUGCUCAGCAACUGAUUACCAUACGAAAUGCAAAAGCCGCCAAAAUGAAGCGCUUCCUGUUUGAAGGACGUGAAAUCAGACUUAAACCUUCGUGUGCCGCUUUCAUCACUAUGAAUCCUGGCUACGCCGGAAGAACUGAGUUGCCUGAUAAUUUGAAAGCUUUGUUCCGACCGAUAUCAAUGAUGGUACCGGACUAUGCACUCAUCGCUGAGGUGAUCUUAUACUCGGAGGGUUUCGAAGGAUCGAAGAUACUGGCCAAGAAAAUGGUACAAAUGUACAAACUGUGCAGCGAGCAGCUGAGCCAGCAAGAUCACUAUGAUUUUGGUAUGCGCGCAGUGAAGAGUGUUCUAGUAAUGGCGGGUGCCUUGAAACGUGCUUCCCCUGACCAGCCGGAAGAUGUAACACUCAUUUCUGCGUUGCGUGAUUCUAAUUUACCAAAGUUUCUUGCCAACGAUGCCGUACUGUUUAAUGGCAUACUUAGCGAUCUGUUCCCCGGCGUUGAGUUACCCGAACCUGAACGAGGAGAAUUACAACAAUCAAUCGAACAGUGUAUGAUCGAUCGUAACUUGCAGCCGGUUCCAGAAUUGGUGUUGAAAACGCUUCAGCUCUACGAAACGAUGGUAGUACGCUGGGGUGUGAUGUUGGUUGGCCCCACGGGUAGUGGCAAAACGACGGUACUUCACAUAUUGGCCAAUGCGUUCGAAAAGCUGCACGCCGAAGAGGUUGCCGGUCCUCUCUAUCGUCCAGUGCGCAUACAAACACUCAAUCCUAAGGCGAUUUCAAUGGAUGAACUCUAUGGGUUUGUAAACUUGGCUACGAUGGAAUGGCGUGAUGGAUUGCUUGGACUGGCUAUAAGAUCGGCAGUGAUCGUAACUGACGAAAUCCACCAAUGGGUUGUUUGCGAUGGUCCAGUCGAUGCGGUUUGGAUUGAAAACCUUAACACCGUGCUGGACGACAACAAAAUGUUGUGCUUGGCCAACUCGGAACGCAUCAAGCUAACGAGCUGGGUACACAUGGUGUUUGAGGUGCAGGAUCUAGCGCAAGCUUCACCAGCCACAGUCUCCCGGUGCGGUAUGGUGUACAUGGAUCCGGUACACCUUGGAUGGUCAUCGAUCGUGAAAUCAUGGCUAAAUUCGGUUCAGCAUCUUCACUUAGAUGGUGAUCUAAAAUCACACAUGCUAUCGUUGUACGAGCGACACUACGAAAACAUUACGAAGUUUCUGCAUCGCAACUGCAAAUGGAGCAUUCAUCAAGUGAACAUCAGUAAGUUGACGAUGAUGACCAAGUUACUGUAUUUGCUACUCCAGGAAACCCAAGGAUUGCAUCUGAUGGAGCGUGGAGAAGCAAAGCAUUACAUUUUCAAAAUGUUUACGUGGAGCAUGCUGUGGUCUUUUGGUGGUAAUUUGCUGGAUGACUCAAAGGUGCAGUUCGAACAGUACUACCGCACUCUACAGAAUGAGGAAGAAAUAGGACUUUUACCGAAGGAUACGCUGUGGGAUUUCCGCAUUAACACGAAAACUCGCACCUGGGAAAGCUGGAAUGCAAUUCAUCCAAAGUUUGUCUACAAUCCCUCGGUGCCAUAUUUUGAUAUGUUGGUUCCUACGCUCGAUACAACAAAGUAUGGAUUUGUAGCGGAAAUGCUACUGCAUCAUCAGUAUCCGAUAAUGUUCACCGGUGAUACAGGAGUUGGCAAGUCCGUGCUGGCCCGCGAAAUACUUAACCGACUUAUGCAGCGUGACGUCAUACCAAUCUUUGUAAACUUCUCCGCACAAAGCGAAAGUGCUCGUACGCAAGAGAUCAUAGAAUCGCGCCUAGAACGACGCAAAAAGACACUGCUUGGGGCACCAAUCAACAAAAAAAUCGUAGUAUUUAUUGACGACGUCAACAUGCCUAAGCUGGAUCGAUACGGAAGCCAACCACCAAUCGAGUUACUGCGUCAGUUUGCCGAUUUCCGCGGAUUGUAUGAUCGCGAAAAAAUGUACUGGAAAGACAUUGUCGACGUAACACUCGGAGCUGCCUGUGCGCCGCCGGGUGGUGGCCGCAACGUACUGACAGCAAGAUUCAUUCGUCAUUUUGCGCUCUUCUCGUUACCGUCACCGAGCAGCGACACUCUGAAGACCAUCUUCAAAGCAAUUUUGGCUGGUUUCUUGAACGAUUUCAACAUGGCCAUACGACCCUUGGCCGACCCAAUCGUGGAGACGGCUGUGGCAGUUUAUGAGCGUAUAUCGGCUGAAUUGUUGCCAACGCCCAAGAAGUCACACUAUGUGUUCAAUCUGCGAGAUCUGUCCAAGUGUGUGCAGGGUGUGCUGCAGGCCGAUUCGUCGAGCUACAUUAAUCCGAUUCAGCUCAUGCGUUUGUUCUAUCACGAAUCGUUACGCAUAUUUUAUGAUCGCUUGAUCAAUGACGAGGAUAAAAUGUACUUCAAACAGUUAUUGCAGGAUUGCUGUGAAAAAUUUUUCGAAACAACCGUUGUACAACCGGAAGAAACUAUUAUGUUUGGCGACUUUAUGGUGUUCGGACAGGCGGCUGAAGAUCGCGUGUACGAAGAGAUCAAGGAAAUGAAGAAGCUUAAGUCGAUACUGGUGGAUUAUUUGGAAGAUUAUAACAGCACCGUUGGUACGGAGAUGAACCUGGUUUUCUUUGCUGACGCCGUUGAACAUAUUGUGCGCUUAGCGCGGUUACUACGCUCGGAAAGGGGGAAUGGCCUGCUUGUUGGAGUGUCUGGAAUGGGCAAGCAGAGUCUAGCGAAGCUAGCUUCUCACAUCAAUGGAUACCAAUGUCACCAAAUUGCGCUGCGACGAGGUUACGAUCACAGCUGUUUUCAUGAAGAUCUCCGUCGUAUCUAUUGGAUUGCUGGGGUACUAAACAAGCCCACUGUGUUUCUUAUCACUGACACUCAAAUAGUACAUGAGGCGUUCAUGGAAGAUAUCAACAACAUUCUUAACUCGGGCGAAGUGCCAAACCUGUUCGAAGGCGACGAAUAUGAGAAAAUAAUACUGAACUCUAGACAACCAUGCAUUGAGAGCGGAUACCCGAACCAAACACGUGAUGGCAUUUUUGAAUUCUUCAUCAAACGGGUCAGGGCAAAUCUGCAUGUUAUUAUGUGCAUGAGUCCUGUCGGUGAUACUUUCCGAGGCCGAUGUCGCAUGUUUCCUUCGCUGGUGAACUGCUGCACGAUUGAUUGGUUUGUAAAGUGGCCGGCUGAGGCAUUGCGCAGUGUAGCGGUCGGUUCAUUAAAGGAUGUCUCAGAUAAUGAGGUACAGUGCAAACACUUAGCUCAAAUCUGUGUCAUGAUACACGAAAGCGUGGAGAGCAUUUCCGAACGAUUCUACCGUGAAAUGCGACGCCAUUAUUACACCACCCCGAGCAGCUACUUGCAGCUGUUAAAUCAGUACCGUGUGCUGGUCCAGAAACGGAUUGAUUCGAUCGUGCAGAAGAAGGACCGCAUUGCUAAUGGAUUGAGCAAGAUCCUGGAAACCAAUCAGGUGGUGGCCGAAAUGGGGGAAGAGUUGAAAAAGUUCGUUCCGAUACUGGAGGAAAAAUCAAAAAACAUGAAAGAGCUUCUAGCGAAAUUGGACAAAGACAAUGCGAUGGCGGAAAGUGUGAAAAAGAGUGUUGCAAAGGAUGAGGCCGAGGCUAAGAUUAAGGCAACCGAGACACAAGAGAUUGCUGACGAGGCCGCGAAGGAUUUGGAGAUCGUACUACCGACGCUGCAAGCGGCACAGGAUGCUCUGAAAUCACUCAACAAAAAUGACAUCAAUGAAUUGCGGGUGUUUCAGAAGCCACCGAAACUGGUACAAUUCGUGAUGGAAGCUGUGUGCAUUUUACUCGGAGCAAAACCUGACUGGAACACGGCCAAAGUGGUGAUGUCUGAUGUAAAUUUUUUGAAAAAACUAGAGGACUAUGAUAAAGAACACAUUGCCGAAGCCACCAUUAAGAAAAUUAAAACAUAUGUUGAUCAUAAGGAUUUUCAACCAGCCACAAUUGAAAAAGUUUCAAAAGUGGCUAAAUCGAUGUGCUUGUGGGUCAUUGCUAUAGACAAGUACGCCAAAAUUUAUAAAGUAGUAGAGCCGAAAAUCAAGCGCCAAAAAGCGGCUGAACAGGAGUUGGGAGAGGUAAUGAAACUUCUCAAAUCGAAACAAAGCGAGCUGGCAGAAAUCGAAGCCAAAAUAACGAUGCUUAUGGCGAACUUGGAUGAAAAGAAGCGUGAAAUGAAGCUACUGCAGGAUCACAACGAUCUUACCAACGCUCGUUUAACCCGAGCCGGCCGGCUAACAUCGGCCCUGGCAGACGAAGAAGUGCGCUGGCGCGAGACAGUGAAACAACUAACUGCGGAACAUUUUGCCGUGCCGGGUGAUGUGUUGGUAGCAUCCGCAUACGUCGCGUAUUUGGGUGCAUUUCCAAUCGACUAUCGCCGAACGCUGUCCGAAAUUUGGGUGUCAGAAUGUAAGCGUCUGAACAUCCCGAGCAGCCCAACCUUCAAUCUCGUACAAAUUCUUGGCGAUUCAUAUCAGAUACGUCAAUGGAACAUGUACGGAUUACCGCGGGAUGAAAUAUCGGUAGAAAAUGGUAUCAUCUCUACAGAAGGUGGUCGAUGGCCGCUAAUGAUCGAUCCGCAAGAGCAAGCAAACCGUUGGAUACGUAACAUGGAGUCACGGAAUGAGCUGCGCAUAAUCAAACUGACCGAUGGAAAUAUGAUGAGAAUUUUGGAAAUUUGCAUUCGGCAAGGGUUUCCAAUGCUGAUCGAAGAUGUACAAGAAACGUUGGAUCCUGUCUUGGGAACGGUUCUCAUGAAACAAAUAUUUCUACAAAAUGGGCGAUUAAUGAUAAAAUUAGGUGACGUAGAUGUAGAUUAUGACAGUAACUUCCGCCUGUAUAUGACCACAAAACUUCCAAAUCCACAUUUUCUACCGGAAAUUUGUAUUCAAGUUAGUUUGGUUAAUUUCCUCGUUUCGAGAAGUGGCCUCGAAGAUCAAUUAUUGGCAGAGAUCAUCAAGAUUGAACUCCCAGAAAUGGAGAAGCAACGUAACGAUUUAAUUACCACUAUCAACGCAGAUAAGCAGCAGCUGCUUCUGCUCGAAGACAAGAUACUGAAAGUGCUGUACAGCUCCCAAGGCAACAUUCUUGACGACGAGGAGCUAGUGGAAUCCCUGAAUGAAUCUAAAGAAAUGUCUACCAUCAUCGCAGAUCGCCUUAUCGAAACGGAACGCACGGAACUGAACAUUGCGGCCACGCGUGAAAAGUACCGCGUGCUGGCAGCACGUGGCGCAAUUCUUUACUUCGUCGUAGCCUCGCUUUCAGAGAUUGAUCCGAUGUAUCAGUUCAGUUUGCGCUACUUUACACAAGUGUACUGCUCAGUGGUGGAGCAGCCACAUGCAAGGAUGGACUUGCCAGAACGUCUCGCAACACUACUGGAGGAUAUAACCUUCACCGUAUUUUCCAACAUUUGUCGCGGGUUGUUCGAAAAACAUAAGCUCAUUUGCGGGUUUUUAGUUGCGUUCGCUAUUUGCAAGGAAGCGCAACAGUUUUCGGACGAGGAGUUCAGUUUUAUCGUGCGCGGACCAUCACAGCGAAAGUUUUCCCUCGAAGGAAAACCAUCAUUUCUGACCGAUAAUCAAUGGAUCGCUUGUUGCUUUCUCGAAGUGUACGAUUCAGUCAAAUUUGCCGAUUUAACGAAACAUCUGCAUCGGUCGUUGAUAAUCGGUAUCGAGGAUUUUCAAGAGGAUCUUUGCCUUUCAUCUAGCCCCGAACAGGCAGUGAUUGAUUGGAACGCACGACUAUCAGUUUCGGAGAAGCUUAUGCUUGUGGCAGCGCUUAAAGACGAGUUCCUGGUGAUUGCUGUUACUGAGUUCAUUCGCCAUGCGCUAGGAAAACGCUAUACCGAGCCUCCGAAGAAUACAAGCCUUGCAUCACUAUACGCGGACAUAUCACCAACCAUUCCGCUAGUAUUCGUGCUCUCAGCAGGAUCGGAUCCCAUGACGGCUUUGAUCAAAUUUGCCCAAGAACGAGACUGUGUCGAGCGACUGCAUUCCAUUUCUCUUGGCCAAGGACAGGGCCCUGCUGCAGAAGCUUUAAUCGAAGCCGGAAUUAAAGGCGGUCAUUGGGUGUUUUUGCAAAAUUGUCAUCUGGCAACAUCGUGGAUGGAAGCAAUGGAGAAAAUUGUAAACCGGAUCGCGAUGGGAUUACAAAUGGUCGACUCAAACUUUCGACUGUUCCUAUCCUCCAUGCCUGUCCGAACGUUUCCAAUCAGUGUGCUGCAGAAUUCGGUUAAAGUAACAAACGAACCACCGAAGGGCCUGCGUUCAAAUCUCGUACGUUCACUGACCGAGUUGGAUCGUAGCUGGUUCGAGUUUCAUGUGCUCGGCGCGCAAUGGCGAGCACUCGUCUUCGGUCUUUGCAUGUUCCACGGCGUUAUACUCGAGCGGCGCAAGUUUGGUCCGCUUGGGUGGAACAUAACGUACGAGUUUAGCGAAAGUGAUCGCGAAUGUGCACUCCGUACAUUGGAUAUUUAUUGCCAUCGAGAGCAGAGGGCCCCGAUACCGUGGGAUGCGCUGGAAUACAUCAAUGGAGAGAUUACUUACGGUGGGCGUGUAACGGACGCUUGGGAUCAGCGAUGCUUGCGGGCAGUACUGAAGCGUUUUUCCUCUCCACUGAUCAUGACCGACGGGUACAGUUACAGUGGAAGCGGACUGUACCGAUGUCCCAACGGUGAGGAGGCACGAAAAAUCGAUGGAUUUUUGGAGUACGCUGGACAGCUUUCUAUUCACGAUCCGCCGGACAUAUUUGGAAUGCACGAGAACGCAAACAUCAUUUUCAAUCGGAACGAAACCCACUUCUUCCUAAACACGCUGCUCGAAAGUCAAUCGGGCGGAGAUGCAAUGGGCGAAGAAGCGAUGGCUGCCAUGGACAAGAUGUGCUUGGAGAAAAUUGACUCAAUCCGAAAGGUGAUAGCACCCCGCAUCGACUACGAAGAGUUGCAUCCAAGUUUGAUGGAACGAGAUUCCAAAAAUCGUAUUCCCUCCUUAACGACAGUCCUGCUUCAAGAGGUGGAUCGAUUCGAUAGACUUUUAUCCGUGCUUCACAGCAGCCUGCGUGAUCUUGAGAAAGCCAUUCAAGGAUUUGUGGUUAUGUCGGAAAGUUUGGAAACGAUCUACCGGGCUUUUGGCAAUAAUCAAGUACCGCAGGUAUGGCAUUCAAAAGGAUACCUUUCUACAAAGACGCUUGCCAGCUGGGUGACGGAUUUGCAGCAUCGGAUCGAAUACGUACGGAACUGGUGUGUGGAAGGGUUGCCUAUCUCUUCCUGGGUGUGUGGUCUGUUCUUUCCACAAUCUUUCCUCACCGGAACGCUACAGACAUACGCCCGCAAACAUAACAUUCCCAUCGACACGUUGCGCUUUGAUUUCGAAAUAAUGAGUGUAACGUUACAUCAAUCCCUGAUUUACGAGGAACGUUCUAAACAGGAAAUCAAUCAAUUGUUUCAGAACCUCAACACUCCGAGGGAUGGAGUUUUCAUUCACGGUUUGUUCAUUGAAGCCGGUAGAUGGGAUCCCGCAGAAGGAGGGCUUUGUGAUGCUAGAUACCGCGAGCUAAUUGCUCAUCUACCCGUCGUGUGGUUGAAACCUUGUACGGAUCUUUCGGUAGGGCGCCGCUACGAAGCGCCGUUAUACAAAACGAGCGUAAGAGCGGGCGUACUGUCAACGACCGGUCAGUCUACCAAUUUUGUAUUAUCCGUUCUACUCGAUUCGGAACUGCCGUCCGAUUAUUGGAUUUUACGCGGAACUGCUCUCGUCACAUUGAUCACGGACUAAGCAGAAGUUUUGCUACGAUUGAUACGCUAUCAAAUUGUAAUUGUUUUAUUAUAAUAAACUGCUCUCAUUUACCAUUACCUAGCAAA